AAAAAAAAAAUCAAGUGAACAGCCAUGAAUCUCUCUGUAUUGUUGGUCUGUUCUUGUAACCUUUUGUGUAAACUAUUAUUAGGUUGUGUGAAAAUGUAUAUAUACUUUACAAAGCCCUCAAUUCAAAGUUGCACUUCCUUCAUUUUGUUUUCUAGUUUUUUGUUUUUUUGUAACCUUGCCAUUGAUACAACUAUGGCAAGGAUCUCUCUGUUGUUUUCCUUAGCCUUAGUUCUAGCCAUUGGGUCUGUCUUGGCUCACCCACCAACCCACAAGAAAACACAAAAGACAUUGUCUAUAUUUACAUUGUCCAAACUCCAAUCUUACCCUUACAAUGAAAUCUCAAAGUUCGUCGAGAAGCAGGCUCAAUCCGCACCAAACAAGAUCCAAUUCAAGAAGUUGUUUGCCACCUGCAAGGGGUUCACCGAGUAUCUUGGAAGCGUCAAGUAUACUGGCUCGAAAGAAGAGGUGGUUAACGCGAGUUACGCCAAAUUAAGUAUGUUCACCAAGGAGUUGGUUGCGGCACAAAGACAAGUUGGUGUUGGACUACUUAGUGCUAAGUUGAGCCAUAGUUAUGCUGUGAUGGCUGAAAGGUAUGUACGCCUUGUUGGUAGGAUCGCUGCUAUCUCGAUGGAGUAUAAGUUUAAUGCUAAUGCUAAGAUAAGCAAAACUGAGAAGGUUGAGAUCGAAAAAGCUGUGUUUAAGUUGAAGGGUUCCAUUAGAGUAUAUGUGAAAGUGAUCACUAAAUGCACCAAGAAGUUCUCUGUUGGCAAGAACAUCGAUUUCCCCUUUACUCCCCGUGGCGGUUUCCUCGGAACUUUCGCUCAAAAGAGUGUAGAUGCUGAUAAAUCCUAUGAACUCAUUGGAGUAGGCCGUGACAGCAAAGUUGGACGUGAAAUUGGGUUUGGAUCUAGUGGUCAUGCUGGAGGCAAAUCCAUUGGAGCUGGUAAAGGCAAGGCUGGUAAAAUUGGAGGAUCCUUCGGGUUCGACGCCGCGGGUAAGGUGAAGAUUGGAGGAGGAAGAGUGUUCAGGUCAUUGAGAAACCCUCACAAGAAACAUUUAGAUUGAGCAAAAGGCAUAAGUUUAAACAACAGAUGAAGGAGCCAUGAGUUAAUUCUUUUUUUGAAUAUUGUUAUGAAGGAAGACGCCAUUCGAUAUUAACCUUUAUAUUUUUGUAAUCAUUAAAAUAAGAAACAAUUUUUUGUAAGUUGUAAAUCAUUAAUGUAAUAUCACAUGUUUU